GGGAGUGACUAUGUCAGAUGGCGGAGCAGCCUCGCCUUUGAACUUCCCCGCUCUCGGCUCCUAGUCCGCCGCCCCGCCGCACUCCCGGCCAGGUGCUCCGCCGGGCUGGGCACGUCCAGCCUGAGCCCCGCAGCUGGAGGCACCUCUGGAUUUCCUCCACCUCCACUUCUUUUGCCCCCCCCUCCCUCUCCCCCCUGGUCCCAAGCAGGAGCCUCUCGCCAGGACCGGAUUUGCCGCAGCCCCUGGCAUGAUCAGCUGAGCGCUCGCGGGCGGGGUGGUGCCAGGGUGCCAGGCAGGGAGCCCGGGCAGGUGAGCCGCAGCCCCGUGCGAGCCGUCGCAGCGCGCCCGCAGCACCAUGUCCAAGCCGAGCGACCACAUCAAGCGCCCCAUGAACGCCUUCAUGGUGUGGUCCCGGGGCCAGCGGAGGAAGAUGGCCCAGGAGAACCCUAAAAUGCACAACUCGGAGAUUAGCAAGCGCCUGGGCGCGGAGUGGAAGCUGCUGUCCGAGGCCGAGAAGCGGCCCUACAUAGACGAAGCCAAGCGGCUGCGGGCGCAGCACAUGAAGGAGCACCCCGACUACAAGUACAGACCCCGGCGCAAGCCCAAGAACCUGCUCAAGAAGGACAGGUAUGUCUUCCCUUUGCCUUACCUCGGGGACACUGACCCCUUAAAGGCGGCCGGGCUGCCCGUGGGAGCCACGGACUCGCUGCUGAGCUCCCCGGAGAAAGCUAGGGCUUUCCUGCCUCCCACCUCCGCACCUUACUCCUUACUUGACCCCAGCCAGUUCAGCUCCAGCGCCAUUCAGAAGAUGACUGAGGUUCCUCACACCUUAGCCACCAGCACCCUGCCCUACGCCUCCACCUUGGGAUACCAGAACGGGGCGUUUGGCAGUUUGAGUUGCCCCAGCCAGCACACCCACACCCAUCCUUCGCCAACUAACCCCGGCUAUGUGGUGCCAUGUAACUGUACAGCUUGGUCGGCUUCCAGUUUGCAACCUCCAGUUGCCUACAUAUUAUUCCCAGGCAUGACCAAGACUGGAAUAGACCCCUAUUCUUCAGCACAUGCGACUGCCAUGUAACCCCCACCCAUUACACCCAAGCGGGACUGGGGUUGCAGUUGGAACUUGAAUCCCUUCCAUGUGCAUGUGUAUAGGACCUGCAGAAGCAAAAAGCCACCCGGACAGGACACUGCUGCCAUGAUGGCACCUGGGGAGAGACACACAAAAGACUUCUCUUGGACUCAGAGACUCUCUAGUCAAACACAGACCAAGUCCCAGAGGAGGCUCAGAGGCACUGGAGGUUCAGAUAGGCGCCAGAAACUUGUAAGAAUUGUAAAUGUGUUAACUGCCCUUUUGGACACAGAGACAAAAAAAAAAAAAAAAGGCUAGGCAGUUUCCAUUUUAUUUAUUAUAUUAAUGUCUAUGAGUUCUAUAUGAUCGGGUGUUCUUUGGAUUGGAAUUUCCGAAGUCCUGGUAUCACGAUGAUUAUUAUUAUUUUUCCUUUUGCACAUUAAAAGACAAGAUUAGCUGUGUUAUAUCUAUAUAUAUAUUUUGCCAUCAAGCACUAAUAGGUACAAUUGCUUUUCAUGUCAAGACAAACAAAAAAACCACAAAAAACAACAAAAAAAAUAAAAAUAAAAGGCUCUUUAAAAAAAGGGGGAAACGUUUAUAUUUAAAACAUGAAUAUGAUAGUGUUUGCUUAAUUUAAACCAGAUAGUCCUUCAGGUUUGUGUGAUUCAGUGCAAUUAGACCUAAGUUUACUUUUAGACAGAGCGUCAGGUAUGGAGU